UUGGACAAGCCAGUUCACCUCUCUGGGCCUCAGUUUACUCAUCCUGAAAAUGGGGCAAGAACAUGUCUCAGGUGGCCUUGAGCGUUGCAUGAGGUAAUCCAGCUCUGGAACUCUCUCCUGUCCCGGUACCUCGGCCCGCCCCAGUGGAGACGGUUCCUGCUCUGAGAAGCCCUUCUGUGGGGCCCAGCCUGCCAGCGCCUCCGGAGGCACCCAGCAGGGCCCAUGAGACAAACACGUGCUGAGAGACCUUGAACCUGAUGGGCAGUGUUUUUCCGGUGUGAUGUUUUCCCGAAAGACACCAGCAGUCAUGCCGCGGAGCCCCACGUCCAGUGAGGACGAGAUGGCCCAGAGUUUCUCUGACUCCUCGGAGGACUCCGACUCGGACACCUCCAGGGAAGAGACCAUCUAUGACACCAUCCGGGCCACUGCGGAGAAGCCCGGCAGCACCAGGACGGAGGAGAGCCAGGGCAACACGCUGGUCAUCCGCAUCCUCAUUGAGGACCUGCAGCAGACGAAGUGCAUUCGAUUUAACCCGGAUGCCACGGUGUGGGUUGCAAAGCAGCGGAUUCUGUGUUCGCUGAACCAGAGCCUGAAGGACAUUCUGAACUACGGGCUGUUCCAGCCGGCGAGCGACGGGCGCCACGGCAAGUUCCUGGAUGAGGAGCGGCUUCUGCGGGAGUACCCGCAGCCCACCGGCAAGGGCAUCCCCUCGCUGGAGUUUCGCUACAAGAAGCGGGUGUAUAAACAGUCCAACCUGGACGAGAAGCAGCUGGCCAAGCUGCACACCAAGGCCAAUCUGAAAAAAUGCAUGGAUCACAUCCAGCAUCGGUCGGUGGAGAAGAUUGUCAAGAUGCUGGAACGCGGCCUGGACCCGAAUUUCCAUGACCUGGAGACUGGAGAGACUCCCCUGACCUUGGCCGCACAGCUGGACGACCCCGUGGAGGUGAUCAAAGCCCUCAGAAACGGCGGGGCCCACCUGGACUUCCGAGCCAAAGAUGGCAUGACAGCGCUGCACAAAGCCGCCCGAGCCAGGAACCUGAUGGCUCUGAAGACCCUCCUGGAGCUGGGAGCGUCUCCGGAUUACAAGGACAGUUACGGCCUGACGCCGCUGUAUCACACGGCUGUCGUCGGGGGCGACCCCUGCUGCUGUGAGCUGCUGCUCCACGAGCACGCGGCCGUGAGCUGCAAGGAUGAGAACGGCUGGCACGAGAUCCACCAGGCCUGCAGGUACGGUCACGUGCAGCACCUGGAGCACCUGCUCUUCUACGGGGCCGACAUGGGGGCCCAGAACGCCUCGGGGAACACCGCCCUGCACAUCUGCGCCCUCUACAACCAGGACAGCUGUGCCCGGGUGCUGCUCUUCCGGGGUGGAAAUAAGGAACUGAAGAACUACAACAGCCAGACCCCGUUUCAGGUGGCGAUCAUCGCCGGCAACUUCGAGCUGGCCGAGUACAUCAAGAACCACAAGGAGACCGACACCGUGCCCUUCCGAGAGGCCCCGGCGUACUCCAACCGCAGACGGCGGCCCCCCAGCACGCUGGCCGCCCCCCGGGUCCUGCUGCGUUCCAACAGCGACAACAACCUCAACGCCAGCGCGCCCGACUGGGCCGUCUGCUCCGCCGCCACCUCCCACCGCAGCCUCUCGCCACAGCUGCUGCAGCAGGGGCCCAGCAAGCCCGAUGGGGUCCCCAAGACCGUCGGGAGCUACAUCCCCGGGCCCCGCAGCCGGUCCCCUUCGCUCAACAGGCUGGGCGGUGCCGCCGGCGAGGACGGCAAGAGGCCCCAGCAGCCCUGGCUCAUCGGGCCCACUUUCCCGCCAGGUGCCAACAAGGACACGCUGUCUGCCUUCGAGUACCCGGGGCCCAGGCGGAAGCUGUACAGCGCCGUGCCCGGGAGGCUCUUCGUCGUCGUCAAGCCAUACCAACCCCAGGUCGACGGCGAGAUCCCCCUUCACCGUGGUGACAGGGUCAAAGUUCUGAGCAUCGGCGAGGGGGGCUUCUGGGAAGGCAGCGCCCGCGGCCACAUCGGGUGGUUCCCGGCCGAGUGCGUGGAGGAAGUCCAGUGCAAGCCCAAGGACAGCCAGGCAGAAACGCGUGUGGACCGCAGCAAGAAGCUCUUCCGGCACUACACGGUCGGCUCGUACGACAGCUUCGAGGCUUCCAGUGACUGCAUUAUCGAGGAGAAGACUGUGGUUCUGCAGAAGAAAGACAAUGAGGGCUUUGGAUUUGUGCUCCGAGGGGCGAAAGCGGAUACGCCCAUCGAAGAAUUCACGCCAACGCCGGCGUUCCCGGCCUUGCAGUACCUGGAGUCUGUGGAUGAAGGCGGGGUGGCCUGGCAAGCCGGACUAAGGACUGGGGACUUCUUGAUCGAGGUCAACAGUGAGAACGUGGUCAAGGUCGGCCACCGGCAGGUGGUGAACAUGAUCCGCCAGGGCGGGAAUCACCUGGUCCUCAAGGUGGUGACGGUCACCAGGAGCCUCGACCCGGACGACACAGCCAGGAAGAAAGCUCCCCCCCCUCCGAAGCGGGCUCCAACCACAGCCCUCACCCUGCGCUCCAAGUCCAUGACCUCAGAGCUGGAGGAGCUCGUGGAUAAAGCCUCCGUCCGGAAGAAGAAGGACAAACCCGACGAGAUCGUCCCCGCCCCCAAGCCGUCCCGAGCUGCCGAGGCCGUGGUGGCGGAGACCAGGGUGGCCACCAUCAAGCAGCGGCCCACCAGCCGGUGCUUCCCGUCCGUCUCCGACAUGAACUCUGUGUUCGAGCGCCAGGGGAUCGCCGUGAUGACGCCCACUGUUCCCGGGAGCCCGAAAGGCCCGUUUCUGGGCCUCCCUCGAGGUACGAUGCGAAGGCAAAAAUCAAUAGACAGCAGAAUCUUUCUAUCAGGAAUAACGGAGGAAGAGCGACAGUUUCUGGCCCCCCCGAUGCUGAAGUUCACCAGGAGCCUGUCCAUGCCGGACACCUCGGAGGACAUCCCGCCCCCUCCGCAGGCGGUGCCCCCGUCUCCGCCCCCGCCCUCCCCCACCGCCUACAACUGCCCCAAGUCCCCGACUCCGCGAGUCUACGGGACCAUCAAGCCCGCGUUCAACCAGAACGCCGCCGCCAAGGUGUCCCCCGCGCCUCGCUCGGACACGGUGGCCACCAUGGUGAGGGAGAAGGGGCUGUACUACCGCAGGGAGCUGGACCGCUACUCCCUGGACUCCGAGGACCUCUACAGCCGCGCCGCCGCCGCCGCCGCCCAGGGCACCUUCCGCGGCAAGAGGGGCCAGAUGCCCGAAAACCCCUACUCCGAGGUGGGCAAGAUCGCCAGCAAGGCCGUGUACGUGCCCGCCAAGCCCGCCAGGCGCAAGGGCAUGCUGGUGAAGCAGUCCAACGUGGAGGACAGCCCCGAGAAGACGUGCGCCAUCGCCAUCCCCACCAUCAUCGUCAAGGAGCCCUCCACCAGCAGCAGCGGCAAGAGCAGCCAGGCCAGCAGCAUGGAGAUCGACCCCCAGGCCUCGGAGCAGCCGGGCCAGCUGCGGCCCGACGACAGCCUGACCGUCAGCAGCCCCUUCGCCGCCGCCAUCGCCGGGGCCGUCCGCGACCGGGAGAAGCGGCUGGAAGCCAGGAGGAACUCGCCGGCCUUCCUGUCCACAGACCUGGGUGACGAGGACGUGGGCCUGGGGCCGCGCCCCCGGGCGCGGCCCUCCACCUUCCCCGAGGAGGCCGAGUUCGGCGAGGAGGACGGCGCUGAGCCGCUCGCGUCCCCCACGCCAGCGGCGGCGCCCAGGGAGGCCGAGAACCACUUUGCGGGCGGUGGCGAGGCCGGGGCUCAGGGUGAGGCCAGCAGGCCCCUGAACCCCACAUCCAAAGCCAAGGGGCCCGAGGGCAGCCCUGCGGUGCCCCCCAAGAGCAGCAGCACGGCCGGGCCCGAGAACUACGUGCACCCGCUCACAGGGAGGCUGCUGGACCCCAGCUCCCCGCUGGCCCUGGCGCUCUCCGCGAGGGACAGAGCCAUGAAGGAGUCCCAGCAGGGCCCCAGGGGGGAGGCCCCCAAGGCCGACCUCAACAAGCCUCUCUACAUCGAUACCAAAAUGCGGCCCUGCACGGAAGCAGGCUUCCCUCCGGUCACCAGGCAGAACACGCGGGGGCCCCUGAGGCGGCAGGAGACGGAGAACAAGUACGAGACCGACCGGAAGGACGACAAGAAGGGCACGCUCAUCAGCAUCGUGGACGCGUCCCAGCAGAAGUCGGCCGGGCUGCUGAUGGUCCACACUGUGGACGCGGCCAGGCCGGACGACUUCCUGGAGGAAGAGGACGAGAAGGCUGACGAGGAAACAGAGCCAGACCACUUGCCGUCCGAGGUGCCGGAAGGCGUCCCCGAAACCGAAGGUGCUUUACCGAUGCCCGCCGGCCCCGAGCCCGCGGCCACCGCGCCCAGCAGGACCGUCACGGCGGCGGGCUCCGUGGAGGAGGCGGCCAUCCUGCCGUUCCGGAUCCCUCCCCCGCCCCUGGCGUCCGUGGACCUGGACGAGGAUUUUAUCUUCACGGAGCCGCUGCCUCCCCCCCUGGAAUUUGCAAAUAGUUUUGAGAUCCCCGAUGACCGCGCCGCUCCUGUCCCCGUCCCCACAGACCUGGCCAAGCAGGAGAAGAACGACGCCUCCCAGUCCCCUUCGUUACCCUCCAGCCAGCCAGCCAACUCCGCAGACGCCAAGAAGCCAGCUGGCCUCUCGAACUGUCUGCCCGCCUCGUUCCUGCCGCCGCCCGAGAGCUUUGACGCCGUCACGGACUCCGGGAUCGAGGAGGUGGACAGCCGGAGCAGCAGCGACCACCACCUCGAGACGACCAGCACCAUCUCCACGGUGUCCAGCAUCUCCACCCUGUCCUCGGAGGGCGGGGAGAACGCGGACACCUGCACGGUCUAUGCAGACGGGCAGGCUUUUAUGGUCGACAAGCCCCCGGUACCUCCGAAGCCAAAAAUGAAGCCCAUAGUCCACAAAGGCAACGCCCUUUUCCAGGACGCGCUGCUGGAGGAGGACGUGGGCAGCUUUGUGAUCCCCCCGCCCGCGCCCCCGCCGCCGCCAGGCGCUGUCCAGCCUGGGACAACCAAGGUCAUCCAGCCAAGGACCUCCAAGCUGUGGGGGGACGUCUCAGAGAUCAAAAGCCCCAUUCUCUCAGGCCCAAAGGCGAACGUGAUUAGCGAGUUGAACUCAAUCCUGCAGCAAAUGAACCGAGAGAAGUCAGCGAAGCCGGGGGCAGGCCUGGACCUGCCGACGGGAACCAAGCCUGCCAGCCUCGCUCCGAGAGGCCCAGAGGUCAUGAGCAGCGUCUCAGGUUCGCGGAGCACGACCGUCACCUUCACCGUCCGCCCUGGGACCUCCCAGCCCAUCACCCUGCAGAGCCGGCCCCCAGACUAUGAGAGCAGGACCUCAGGAACGAGACGCGCCCCCAGCCCUGUGGUCUCGCCAACAGAGCUGAGCAAAGAGAUGCUGCCCGCCCCUCUGUCCGCGGCCGCUGCCUCGCCCUCUCCCGCGCUCUCGGACGUCUUCGGCCUCCCCAGCCAGCCCCCCGCCGGGGACCUGUUUGGCUUGAACCCAGCGGGACGCAGCAGGUCGCCGUCCCCCUCGAUACUGCAACAGCCAAUCUCCAAUAAGCCUUUCACAGCUAAGCCCGUCCACCUGUGGACCAAGCCAGACGUGGCGGACUGGCUGGAAAGCCUCAACCUGGGUGAGCAUAAAGAGGCCUUCAUGGACAACGAGAUCGACGGCAGCCACCUGCCCAACCUCCAGAAGGAAGACCUCAUAGACCUGGGAGUGACGCGGGUCGGGCACAGGAUGAACAUAGAGAGGGCUCUGAAGCAGCUGCUGGACAGAUAAGGGUGGCUGCCCUCGCGUCCCAGACUUCUUGUUAUAAAUAGAGAUGGGCUUACGCUGAAAGGCCCGGAGGGCGCGCACCAACCCCAGCCCGCGGGCUUGUCUCCGGUCCCAGAGGAACGCGGUGUGUCCCUGGCGUGGCUGCGCCAAGGCCCUGGCCCCCAGCUCCUGGGGGGGCAGGGGGGCCGCCGGGGCUGUUGCUGUCGGGGGGGGGGGUCGGGGGGGGACUGUUGGAUCGGGAAGGAGCCGCGCGGCCGGCCUCCCCGAGGUCCCCGUGGCUGCAGCGAGGGGCCCUCACCCCGCCGGCAGACACCACUGCGCCCUCCACACCUCCCUCGGCCCCUCUGUGGGCCGGCAGCCCUCGCACCCGGGCCUCUCGAGGGCACGCAGCGCUCGCGGGCUCUCUUUCCCGUACUUGGCUCGUGGCUAGAUGCCUGCAGACGUGUGUGCGUGUGUACGCGGCGCCCCUUCGGAAAGGCAGACAGACUUUCUUCCUCGGACCUUCCGCCCCUCGGCCUCCCACGGUCCCCUGGCCACGAGGUUCUUGGCAGUUGGGGGGUGUCCUGAAUGGGAUCGUGCCCAGCUUGGCUUGGCUUUCUUUCUUUCUGCAAAUCUAUUAGCAUAACUCCAAAGUGGCCGCACAGAUGCCACAUGGAGUGAGUCGAAGCACAAAGUCACGCUUCCCAGGGGAGGGAGAGCUGGCCCGGCGCUCAAGGGGCAGAGCGGCCAUCUGCCGGGAGCCUCCGUCCAGGACGGAGAGGAGGGGUUCUCUGCCGUGCGGAAUUUCCUCGCACAACGUGUGUUAAAUUCUGCGACCAUCAGAGCAGGCAGGCACCCACUUUGGCAUGCAGGACGAGACACGAGGUGGGCAUGUGCCACCAGGUGGGACAGGACCCCUCUCUCUGGUGGGAGCUGGGGGAGCGGGGGGCCUCAGCUCUGAGCCCAGCCAAGGGGAAGCAGCUGUGCCAAGAAAGCCCUUUUGUCCUCGGAGGCCAGGGGAGCGGGGACCGAGGGCUUCUUCCCUCCCCCUCUGAGUGUCAGGAAUCCCACCAGCUUGUCUUAACAGCACAGGGCUUGCGGGGAACCCGGUGGGUGCAGGUAGACAGGUCCCAGGGUCAAGCACAGGAGGCGGGCUGCGGGGCCAGGGUGUGACACAGAUGAACCACGACAGGAAAGGGCAGGGGGACCCGGGACUGCCAGGCUCGCCUCUCCGGCGGCAGCGGCGGCGAGGCUCCCUUGGGCCUGCCCCGCUCUCUCCCCCGGAGCCCCCUCCCCUGUAACAAUACCUCUAGUUCCCCAGGGAGGUGGACGACUGCGUGCAGAACAGCCAGCCAGGCAGGCACAGGCGUGUGGAAGAGACAACGAACGUCAGGUUUUUGGCUUUUAUUAUGAUUUCAGAACUAGCCUAGCCCAUCUCUAAUUAUAAAAACGUGAUUUUUUUUUUCCUUUUCUUUAUGCUCACAAUCAAGUGUCUGACUAGGUCUGGAACAGCUCUAGAAUGAACGCAUAAAAUUUAGCAAUUGAAAAUCUUUCUUUACUGCAAGUUUAAAUAGUUGUACAGAUAGUUUAUAAGCACAAUAUUUUAAGAAAAAAAAAGUGGCUGGUCUACUAGGCAGCCUUUGUGCCACUUCAGUGCUAGAAAGUUAAAGAAAAAAAAAAAACUUUUGUGAUUUAAUGAUACUAUUUCUGUGGAAUAAUUAUGAAAGUAUGACCUUUUUAAAUCAAACUUAUUUGGAUGCAUCGGAACCAGCAGAGCUGUGUUACAUUUUCUAUCUUUGCUAGAACUUCGUCAUCGAAGGACAAUUAUUUCUUCAAAAGUGGUUGUAACUCACAAUGCAGCAGUUUCUCCAAACACACACGCGCACGCCACAUCGCUUUUCCAGCCCCUCAACUGGAAACGGCGUUUUGGACCCUGUGUUCCAAAACCUUCCACAGGUCAAUCUUUCUAUUUGAACCGUCCGUUCCAACUUGAAAUCAGUUGAAUACUAAGGCACUUUACUUCCUUACGUACUUUCAAUUUUUCCAUCACGAGCUGAACAGGCAUCACCCUAGAGGAAUUUCUAGCCAGGAUACUGCAGGCAGCCUGCUGAGCAGCCCAGUAUUUCCAAAAAGGUAAAACUGGUCGUGUGGCCACUAUUUGUCUUCCAUUUGGUGAUUUUUGCCAAAUCCAGUGAGUCCUCCACUUGGCCGCGGUUUUUUUCUCCCCUGCCUACUGUUAGGGUUCCCCCUCUGCCAGGGGCCAGGCACAAGGCUAGACAGAACGAGAGGAAAGGAAGCGUGGGGAGCCUGGAACCAACGGCCACUUAGGGGCGUCAGGGUCCCUGAACUCUGGUAGUCAGAAGGCGAGAGCUGGCCCUUCUUCCCUUUCUUAAGUAGAGACUUCGAGUCCUGUGCACCUGACCCAGGCGAGAGAGCUGGUGGCACCGUUUAUUUUCUGUCUUACUACAGAAGUCACAGGACCUCCCAGAACCUGCACUGACACGAGCAUAAACACGUUGCCAAGACGCCUCAGGCUCUAGCUCUAGUCGACGGAUUUGCCACAGAAAGCAAUAGUUCCUCUUUGAAAUUGCCGCCCACUGCCCCUCCCCCCAGCCCCUUGGGACAGGUCAGGACCAGGCCCCACCUACUCCACACCCCUCUUCACCCCUGAAACCCAUGUUCAACUGCUCACAUCAAGAUUCUGUUAAUACUCUUCCAGGUUUUAAGAAGAUCAACUUUUGUCAUAUGCUGUAGUUUAAAUAAACUGCAUUUACAGGCCUACUUUCUGUAACAUUGUGUAUACAAGACGGAAACUGCUCCAGCUGUCAACUACGAACACCUGCCAAGACACCUUCUCCAGGGCGUCGGGGCGCAUUUUAGGUUAAUUCAUACAAUAUAAAAAUGCCUCCGUGUGACUGUUGAUUUGCUGAACUUCACAAAGUGAAUUGUCUGUGGUACUUUAGUUAAUAAAACGGUGAUUUUUUUCUGAGUUACUGAACAAGCAGGCAUUACCCAGGGUGAUCUGGCAAUGACCUUUUGUGUGUGUGGGCCACAAAUACUGAUUUUUUUCCCAUGAACAAAUUUUCUGUUUUUUUUUAGAAACUAAUAUGUCUUCACACUAUAGUUUGUGUAACAUUGUUCACAUUAUCUAUGUUUCUGUUACUUUUGUGCUUUUAUUCUUUUCAGACCUUAUUAAAAACAAACAAACAAACAAAACGAGCUCCUGUAAUUGCACUUUCUCCCAAUCCUUAAAUCUCUUGUAUGGCAACCAAAAUUACUAUUAAAAAAAUAAAUAUACGAUUGCA